GGUACCAGCUGCAAGUGCAAUUUUACCUGAACCAAUUGAUCAAUGCGUAACAGAAACGACUAUUACAAAAUUGAAGGACGCUAUUUGCAAUGACACACUUAAAUCAGGAGGAGAGAUAACUGAUUAUAAGACAGGAUGGGCAACAAAAGAGGAUAUCAGUAAAAUAAACACGAAACUGACAGCAAUGCAUGAAUUAUUACAAAGUUGUGGAAAAGACACAUGUAAUACGUUUAUUCCAAAAGACUGUCAAGACCUGUUGCUGAGAGGUUACAGAGAGAGUAAGGUGUACACAAUUUACCCGAAUAAUGGAACUUGGUUUCAGGUUUACUGUGAUCAGGAGACAGACGGGGGUGGAUGGACGGUUAUUCAAAGGAGACAGGAUGGAUCUGAAGAUUUCUUCAGGACCUGGAAUGACUACAAAACUGGAUUCGGAAAUCUGUCAAAUGAGUUUUGGCUAGGGAAUGACAAAAUCCACACUAUUACAAACUCAGGAAACUACACUAUACGAUUCGACUUGAAGGAUUUCUUAGGAAAUUCUCGACAUGCAAGCUACAGCACCUUCAAUGUUGGGAAUGAGGAGUCGGGAUAUUUUUUAAAGGUCUCAGGUUAUAGUGGAGACGCUG